AUGGCGGCAUUCGUGAAGGACGGCCUGUCGUCAAUACUGGAAUCGGCGAGAGAGACCGGAGAUGAGCUCGAGGGAAUGCCGACGACACAAAGUAUGUCCCGGAAAAAUUUCUUCGCAUUUUUACUGACGUUGAAACUGUCGGCCAUCUUCCUAGUGGCCGGCCUCUUCAUGGCCCCCAUCGUCUGCACCCAUGGCAUCUUUCUGUGGCCCAUGAUCGCCAUCGCCCUCUUCCUCAUGCUCGUCCUCGUCCUCGGCUGCCUGGGCCACAUGCUCGACAACGUCUGCCUCUGCGGCUGUCAUCUUCUCGGCGUGUUCAUCGCCAUCGUCGCCCUCCUCGGCUUCGUCAUCUUCGGCUACGUCGCCGUUGGAGGCGUCGACCUUGGCUCACGAAAGGUCCUCGAGUACAGGCUCGAGGACUACAGCGGGUGGCUCAGGGAUCGUGUGGCUGACCCGCGUUACUGGGCGGCAACCAGUGCGUGCAUCCGCGAUAGGAAUGUCUGUUUCGCCGUGAAGCAACCAGCAGCCAUGGUGCACGGCCCAAAGACCGGCGUGUUCGUCCUCCGCCAGCUAUCGUCGUACCAAGGGCCGGCCAAGGAACGCCGGAUCCAUGCCGGCCUUCAACAAAUGUCGCCAAUUGAGUAUGGAUGCUGCAAGCCACCAUCAUCAUGUGCAUUCACAUCUGUGAAUGGGACGACGACACCCACAUCAACACCUGCUGACCCUGCCGUUGUAACCAACGGGGAUUGCAGCAGGUGGAGCGACGACGAGGAAACGCUCUGCUUCCGGUGUGACUCAUGCAAGGCAAGCUUCCUCGACGACACCAAGAAAGCAUGGAAUAACUUUGCCUGGAUUCCCAUUAUCGGCUUCAUCAUGCUCAUUGCUACAUACUGUUGGCGGAUGGAAUGA